AUGAAUGAAUUAACGAGCGGCUGCGAGAGGCAGAGAAACGCGCGGAGGAAGCAGAGAAGGAACGAUAGGAGGAGCGACGACGCGCCGAGAGGGAAUAGCAACGCGCGGAAGCGUUGGAACAAUAAACCCAACCCACUACAUUCGACGAUAUUCGGUACAAUUUACGACAGCGUUCCUACCGAUAGCCGUGUUUUCGAGAAUCGAGCCUUCCUUUCUGUUUGGAUCUUAACCGGCUACGACCCGAUUAGAUUUGCGUUUACCGGUCCAAUAAUGCGGGUUCGGAAAGACGCAUAA